CGCCGGGGCAGCGCUGGGGCUCGCCGCUCCGCGCCUCGUCCUGCCGAGCGCUGCCACCUUCCUCCUCCUCCUCUUCCUCCUCCUCCGCCUCCUCCUCCCUGAGCGUUUAAGGGCGCUCGGCGGCGCGCCGCUGCCGCCGUCUUCCCGGAGGGGGUGGGGGGCUGCGAGCCGGCCGGUGCCCUCGGCGAAGCUGCAGCCUCCGCUAAAGCAUUGGAUCCCUCAACGUACUGCGAGAGCCCGGUGUACAGCCCGGACCUGUGCCCCAACAUGAUCGCCGCGCAGGCCAAGCUGGUGUACCAGCUCAACAAAUACUACACGGAGCGCUGCCAGGCCCGCAAGGCGGCCAUCGCCAAAACCAUCCGGGAGGUGUGCAAGGUGGUGUCGGACGUGCUGAAGGAGGUGGAGGUGCAGGAGCCGCGCUUCAUCAGCUCCCUGAGCGAGAUCGACGCCCGCUACGAGGGGCUGGAGGUGAUCUCGCCCACCGAGUUCGAGGUGGUGCUCUACCUCAACCAGAUGGGCGUCUUCAACUUCGUGGACGACGGCUCCCUGCCGGGCUGCGCCGUGCUCAAGCUGAGCGACGGCCGCAAGCGCAGCAUGUCCCUCUGGGUGGAGUUCAUCACCGCCUCGGGCUACCUGUCGGCCCGCAAGAUCCGCUCCCGCUUCCAGACGCUGGUGGCCCAGGCCGUGGACAAGUGCAGCUACCGGGACGUGGUGAAGAUGAUCGCGGACACGAGCGAGGUGAAGCUGCGCAUCCGGGAGCGCUACGUGGUGCAGAUCACGCCCGCCUUCAAGUGCACCGGCAUCUGGCCGCGCAGCGCGGCGCAGUGGCCCAUGCCGCACAUCCCCUGGCCCGGCCCCAACCGGGUGGCGGAGGUGAAGGCGGAGGGCUUCAACCUGCUCUCCAAGGAGUGCUACUCGCUGACGGGCAAGCAGAGCUCGGCCGAGAGCGACGCCUGGGUGCUGCAGUUCGGCGAGGCCGAGAACCGCCUGCUGAUGGGCGGCUGCCGGAACAAGUGCCUCUCGGUGCUCAAAACGCUGCGCGACCGGCACCUGGAGCUGCCGGGGCAGCCGCUCAACAACUACCACAUGAAGACGCUGCUGCUGUACGAGUGCGAGAAGCACCCGCGGGAGACCGACUGGGACGAGGCGUGCCUGGGCGACCGGCUCAACGGCAUCCUCCUGCAGCUCAUCUCCUGCCUGCAGUGCCGGCGCUGCCCCCACUACUUCCUGCCCAACCUAGACCUCUUUCAGGGCAAGCCCCACUCGGCCCUGGAAAGCGCCGCCAAACAGACCUGGAGGCUAGCCAGGGAAAUCCUCACCAAUCCCAAAAGCCUCGACAAACUAUAGGGCUCGCACCCGCCCGCGCCGAGCUCGCCCUCCGCAAACGACCGCGGCGCCCGCAGCCUCCUCGCCCCGCCACGCCAGCGACGGCUCGGGAAGAGGCGGCCGAGGACGGGGGGAGGCUUCGCCCCCACCCACCUGCAGCUCGGCGCUUAAAAACUUGCGGCCGGGGCGCCCAGCCCCUGCCCCAAGCCGGGAAGAGCCGAGCCGAGCCCAGCCGCGUUUCUCCCAAGUCACUGGCAGAAGCGAUCGGACUUUUGCCGCGGCCAAACGAACGAACCCCCACAGGUACCUUUUCGAACAAAUGUAUAGUCCUUUUCUUAUUCUCUCUUCUUUUGCCUGAAUGUUGUCACCAAGUGAAAAAUUAUUUAACUAUAUGUACAAAUCGCCCUUUAAAAAAGUUUUACUGAUGUUAAAUGUAUUUCGGUGCCAAGGUCAGAUUAUGUGCCCCGCGACUGACUUGUUGCAAAUAGUAAUAAAAAUAUUACUUUAAC